AUGAGCUUUGGGAAGGCAGAUAAAAGAGGGUAUUUGGGAGAUCUAAUCCUAUUCAAAGAAGAAAGGCGCGAAGAGCUCUUGGUAGAGGUGAAGAAAUACUUAGCCCCAAGACAUUUCUUGAAGGAGACAUUCAACAAAAGUAGAAAAGUCUAUGAAGGUUGCAGCAGCCGAAGGAACUUUGAUUUUAACAGUUGGUCAGUCAUCUCAAAGAUAAUGAAGAAGAAGAACAUUACACUCGAAGCGCAAGCAAACGAAGUCUCAAGGGUUGACUCCGAAUUCAAAUCCGAGAAGACCGUGACGACCAUUGAUGUUCAGAUUCUAGAGUCAUACAUUAAAGUUCUUGAAGAUGGACUUGAAUCACUUUCAAAGUCAGUGAUCAAGAUUCUCAAUAUCUAA